AUGGCGUCCUCUCCUUCAGUGCUGGAAGGACUUCGGAUACAACCUUUAUGCGAGCAGGAGAACAAGGGCACCUUUGAAGACUUUGGAGCGGCCGCGGCGCCCGCCGCCCAGGUCGCGGGGACCCCGGGUGGGGACGCGGCCCCAGCAGCCGCUGCCACCGCGGCCCCCGCCUCUUCGGCCCCCGUCGGCGGUGAAGACGCGGAGAAAAAAGUUCUUGCCACCAAAGUCCUCGGCACUGUUAAAUGGUUCAACGUCAGAAAUGGAUAUGGAUUUAUAAAUCGAAAUGACACCAAAGAAGACGUAUUUGUACAUCAGACCGCUAUCAAGAAGAACAACCCCCGCAAGUAUCUGCGCAGCGUGGGAGAUGGAGAGACAGUGGAGUUUGAUGUGGUUGAAGGGGAAAAGGUGAGGAAUUGUGGCUGGGAGACCGGNNCUGAUGGAGUCCCGGUGGAAGGGAGCCGCUAUGCUGCUGACCGCCGCCGUUACCGGCGUGGCUACUACGGCCGGCGCCGUGGGCCUCCCCGAAACUACGCUGGGGAGGAGGAGGAGGAAGGGAGCGGCAGCAGUGAAGGAUUUGAGCCCCCCGCGGCUGACGGGCAGUUCCCGGGGGCCCGGAGGCAGCUGCGCCAACCCCAGUUUUACCCUCAGUUCCGGCAGCGGCGCUUCCCGCCGUACCACGUGGGACAGACCUUUGACCGCCACCCUCGGGUCUUUCCCCAGCCCAGCAGAUCGCAGGCUGGUGAGAUUGGAGAGAUGAAGGAUGGAGUCCCUGAGGGAGCUCAGCUUCAGGGUCCGGUCCAUCGGAACCCAACUUACCGCCCCAGGUACCGCAGAGGGCCUCCUCGCCCACGGCCUGUAGCACCUAUUGGCGAGGCUGAGGACAAAGAGAACCAACAAGCAGCCAACGGUCCCAACCCACCAGGUGCUCGCCGCGGCUACCGGCGUCCCUACAACUAUCGGCGUCGCCCCCGUCCUCCCAACGCUCCUUCGCAAGAUGUUAAAGAGACCAAGGCAGGUGAAGCACCAGCUGGGAACCCCGCUCCUGCCGCCGAGCCGAGCAGCACUGAGUGACACUGGCUCCCCGCCACCUUCACACCAGCAGGGUAAGUGUCCGGCCGC